CGAAGCUGACGCAAAAGAUGCAUGGCGGCUGGUUGCAGCCAGUGGCCGCAGCAACGCCACAAUGAAGCAAGGUCCAUGCCAGUACCUUCAUUAUUUUCUCGUGUACCAUGGUUGCCUCUCAACACCCCAAUACUGCUGCUGGAAGCAAUAGCAGCAGUCGGAACAAAGGAGUUGGUCAUGACAAGAAAGCGUUCUAUGGUCUGCUGCUCUUGCUGGGCUUGGCCAUGGUGGUCAUCUUUAUGCAGCAGACUAACCUGAGAAAUCUGCAGCAAAACUACCAAAAUCACCAUCAGGAAUCUACUAGUCAUAAUACUAAUGAUGCUUCCUCAUCUGCGCUACAACGAUCAGUCCAGAAUGACACCAGUAGUGGAAAAAUAGUAAAGAAGAAGAAACUCCCCGACUGGCGUAUUGCCAUGGAUUGUUCCAUCUGGGACUUUCACUGUGUCACUACCCAGCAAAAGUCCGGUGUGUACGAAGCGUAUCCAUUUCCCUACACCAGGAAGUACAACUACGAACAUUUGUUUAAGUGGGAACAAAUGGACAAAAUCCCUGUGGAAUGGCAGCAGGAACUGGCCAAUAUCAAUACAACACUCUCAUUUCCACCACCACGGACCGUGGAAUACACCUACAAGGAACAGGUCUCCGAGUCGGAGCUGCAAAAAUGCCUCCAGUCGGCACAGGAUCUGUCUUGGAAAGAGCAAAUACACUCGUUGAUUCAUGGGGCCAAAAAACAACUGGAUGCCAGCAAAAAUGAUCUGAAUCUGUUGGCGUUUACCAUAUCUGACUACAAGUAUGCCAAGGACAUGAUGCACGGCUUCUUCCAAAUGAAUGACAACAUUGUGGGAUUACCAGGUGCCCUCUUCAUGGUGGCCAUUGAUCACGAAACCUUGGAAAUGGCAUGUCGCUACAAUUACCCCGUCGUGGCAUGGACCAGUGCUGUUCCUCGAAAAACUAUUGAUACAGAACAAGAGGAUCUCAAACACUCGGUUGCCAACACCAAAUUCGAAGUAUCCUCGGCACUGGUGGAAAUGGACCAAGACUUUUUCUUUUACGAAAUGGAUGUGUGGUUCCUUCAGUCACCCAUGCCCAUACUGGCGCUAUUCCAUGACGAUAUUUUGUUUUCCUCUCAUCAGUACUGUCCCAAGUGUGUCAAUAUUGGAGUUUACCUGGUCCAUGCCAAUGCUGCCACCAAGGAAUACUUCAAAGUGGCCAUUCAGCUGGCCCAAGAAUGCCCGGACACCCAUGAUCAAUUCGUCAUGGCACAGAUCUUGCACAUGGUCAACAUGGGCGAAAAGUUUGGCUAUAGCAAUCAAUGGAAACCGGCCCCGCCAGAUUACAUUCCCAAGUUUGAACAUCCCGUCAAGCAUGGAUUUUUCAGUUCUCAUGAAAUUGCGGCUGCGGAACGGCCAUACACAUCCCAAAUGGCCAUCGCCAUUCAUCCACUACGAGAUGCUCCACUCAAAAGCCCACACGGCAAGAAAAUUCUGGCCAAAGAAAUGGGAGCCUGGUAUGGAUUCGAGGGACCACCGGGUGCCAUCCAGGCAGGAACCGCAGCGGGAUACUAUCAUCGCCAAGGUAGAGCCAGGAGAUACUUAAUGAUGGAUGGGCACAUUUUGAAUGGAUAUUCCACUGUCAUGAAUUGGGAGUUUGAUGCGAGUGACGGUGGCAUAUUCGGGUUUUUCGAAAACCUGUUUUGGACAGUGGCCGCACUAGUGGCACUGGCACGCCGAACUGGUCGCAUUUGGAUUCUGCCACCCGUGCCAGCAGAGCGGGGUAUUCAUUUUCUAUGGUCUAUAUUGGAUCUCGAAUCAGUGGAAGAACUGGGUGUGGACUAUCGGGAAACAACUUUUUUCAGCAACCCAAAGUCUUGGGUUCAUCCCCAUGACACUCCCUUUGACACGGUUGCUCGAACAGCUUUGGGGCGUCUUGAUACGGACCAGACCAUGUUUGCACAGUAUAAUGAUGUCCAUGAUGAUCCUGUGACACGAGCGUGGAGGUUUGACACCGCCACCAUCGAUGAGGUUGCUUCCAUUGAUGCAUGGUGGGCACUUCAUACAACAAUUCCCCAGGUUGAUGGUGCUGAGGCCCUGCUUGUGAACACACACUUUUUGAAUGUGGGCUAUCAUCGAAGAAUUGAGAAGAAACUACAAAGAAAUGGGUUGGACAGUAUGAAACCUCAUUCGGCUACAGGGCGAGGCAGAGCUGAAUAUGACAUUGCAGGAGUCUUCUCCAAACUUCGGUGGUGCAAGGACAAAGAUUUCCGUGGGAGAAUUAUAGGUAAUUUCCAAGCCAGCGAUGAUUGCUAUGGGAGAGGAGAACCCAUGGAGUGGCUUGCCAGACUAUAAGUGUACAGUAGGGAGUAGAACACUGUCACUUCGAGCAUCACUAUUGUAACGGGCAUUAUAGGAGCCUGGACUAGGCAACACCUAAACGAAAAAGGCUUUUUACCACAUA